AUGUUCACCAAAUCCUUCUUCACCCCCUUGGCUUCCUUGAGACACUCGUUGCGACCUCGCUACAAUGUCUCACCACUCCUUCCUCCGCCCAACAAUGUCCUUGUCCGGUAUAGUUCCUACUCGCCGUUAGGCAAGUCCUCUUCGGAUUCCCGCAAGAAAGUAACCGUUCAAACCCUUCAAAGCCUGCAUAAAAGGGGUGAGCCCAUCACAGUACUGACAGCCCACGAUUUUCCAAGUGGCCACGUAGCCGAUGCUGCCGGGAUGGAUGUGGUUCUUGUGGGAGAUAGCCUGGCCAUGGUGGCGUUAGGCAUGGAGGAUACAAACGAAGUGACGAUGGAAGACAUGCUGGUCCAUUGCCGAAGCGUGUCUCGUGCUGUCAAACAUGCCUUCACUAUAGUAGACCUCCCCAUGGGCUCCUACGAACUAUCCCCUGAGCAGGCACUGCAGUCCGCUAUUCGGAUGGUCAAAGAAGGCGGCAUGAAAGCCGUGAAGCUAGAAGGCGGAGAGGAAAUGGCACCCACCAUUCGGCGAAUCACCCAGGCCGGGAUCCCCGUCCUGGCACAUAUCGGACUAACGCCGCAACGACACCAUUCCAUCGGCGGGUUCAGGGUCCAGGGCAAGUCUGUCGCGAGCGCAGUAAAGGUAAUGCGGGACGCCCUUGCCGUGCAGGAAGCCGGGGCGUUCAUGGUUCUGGUUGAGGCUGUUCCAGGGGAGGUUGCUGCUUUGAUAACGGAGAGGCUUCGGGUUCCGACAAUCGGGAUCGGGGCUGGGGUUGGCUGUUCGGGACAGGUGCUGGUGCAGGUGGAUAUGCUCGGUAACUUCCAGCCUGGGAGGUUUGUGCCUAAGUUUGUGAAGACUUAUGCAGACGUUUGGGGAGAGUCGAUUCGGGGUAUUGAGCAGUUUAAGCGCGAUGUUAAGAGUAGGGCUUUUCCUUCGCCUGAGUAUACUUAUCCAGUUUCUCAGCAGGAGCUGUCGGAGUUUCGGAGUGUUGUGGGUGAGGUAGUUGACCAGGGCAGUGUACAGAGUGAGUAG